AUGUCAUUUUUGUUCAGACUUGCUGUUUCAAAGCUUGACACUAUUUUUUUAAGCACUCCAUAUGCCAAUGAAUCGAUGCCUUUGAGUUUAACCGGAGAACACGUAAAAUCUCAGUCCUAUAUUGAUAUGACAGUGGAAAACAAUGAAUUCUUUCAAUAUCAAAGUUGGCGCCUUGAUAGUGAUCACUACGGUGCAAAGAUCCCAAUCGGAUCAUUGCCACAAAUUGACGCUGAAACAAUGACAGAUGCAUUUUUGACGGCCUCCGUCCUAAAUACUGUUGCUAGAUGA